UCUUUGCAACCGCAAUCAUGUUCAAUCUUUACCAGAACAUAAAUAAGAAAGAGGAAGAAAAAGAGCCUCAAGUAAUUGGUCACGAAAGGUUCUACCAAGAGCGAACUUCUCGUUCGAGUUCGCGUCGCAAAAAACGAGUUCCUCAUCGCUCCCAUAGUGCUUCCGAAUUUUCCCCGGGUGUCCUAAAUGCCGCCAACAAACGUGCCGCUUUCCACAAUCGUUGUCAAAGUUCGGAAAAUCGCAGUGACGACGGAAAAGUAACUCCUCAAAGAACGGAAUCGUUUGCGAGGGUGUUUUUCUCUCGCCGGUCGUCCGGAGCCCCCAAACACGAAUACAGCGCCUUGAAAACUGAGGGAGGGAAUGAGAAGUUCCGAGCUGAGCAACAGAUACGAAAUGGGGUUUUUAUGGCUUGUAAGCACUAUCUUUCGAAUAAUGAUCGGUAUGAGCUUAAGACUCAGUUAGGGGAGAUUGGGUCAAGAACAGACAAGCAUUGGUUUACAGUUCAAGAUACGACUUUAGGGGCGGAGAGGCUGCUGACGUUAGUGCCCAUGCCGUCCAUGUGCCCUUUGAACCCUACCACAACGACGAGAGAUACUCUUUUAGAGCUGUUUCGUGGAUUGCAACAUCCAUACAUUCAUCCGGUCUUGGACAUUGACUUUUGGGAUGCUGGGGCAGCUCUUAUCAGUCCUUUGAAUCCGUCCGGUAGUUUAAAGGACCUAAUCUAUGGCAGCCCUUGGCACGAGGAUUAUGAUAAGAAGUACAACUCGAAGGGCGAAGGAUUACCCCUCAGGACGGUCCAGUGUCUGGGCCGCCAAAUCCUCGAAGGCCUUCUUUUUCUACGCAACCGUUACUUCCCGCCCUUCUACCACUUACACUCCGGCAACGUAAUAAUCCAAAACGGCGUUGCCCGAAUCGCCGGCCUAGAAAACGCCCUUUUGGGCCUGCUCCCUCGCGCCCCUAGUGCUCCUGAAACUCUAGCUUUCGGCUACAUUUUAUUCGAAAUGACUGCUGGCUACGAACUUCCCAAGCCUCCCAGCCCUGCCCAUCUUCAACUCGAAUUGGAACGAGCUCCCAAAGUGGCGGAAGCUUUGGAACUGAUUUUCCAGAUUAGCAGACCUCCAGCUUUGGAGGAAUUGGUCUGUUGCGAGUUAUUCCGAGGCGUGGAGUUGCGAGAGUUGCGUGGGGCGAGUAUAAUUCAAGUGAGGUCGUCUCCGGAGGUUUUGGAGUUGUUGGAGGUGGUGCGGAAUCCGGUGCCGCCCUCACCGUUGCGACGACGACACCUUUCUGAUGAUUUAGAUCCGUGGUAUGCAUGCAAAGAUGUAGUCGUGAUAAUAGAAGACAGGCGACUAGAAGACAUAAUAGAAGAAGACAACGAAGAUAGUGAUUCAAACGACGCCAGUGAUAAUCGGUAGUAGAAUCGUUGAUUGUAGCAUUUAAAUGCUUAGAUUGUAGUUCCAAUAGUUUCAUUUAAAUGCUGCCUCUCAAUUACGCAAAUGUGUGCUGUGUUAAGGCUUUAAUUGGAUGUUAUUUUGUGGCCAAAUUUUUGGACCAACUUCAUUCCUCAUGUCAAAUGUAAAUGUAUUUUCAUACAAAUCGAAUAAUCAAAAAAGUGAGCAAUUCCAGCACUGUUUCAUAUUUUACUACUAUCGAUUUACGUAGAAUAGCAAUAAUUUCCUGUCCGAAUUAGUUAACGUAUUGGUAGUGUUUGUAAGUGGUAGGAAUCAAAUUAACACCAGAGUUUUCCCUUUUGUCCCUUUUUAUUGUAAAUGGACCGUCCUUUAGGACUAGAAAGGCAAUACUUAAUGGCAGAAAACAUAUCCAUUACCGUCCUGUGACUGUCAAUUUUUGAACAAACAACAUUUUGUUUAUAGAUUACCGUUAAUUAAAGCACGGAAAAAAUUCUUUAGGAGAAGCAAAAUUCAAGUUAAACACUUCAAUUCCGUCAAACAUGGACGUAAGACUUUCGUGAAAUUGUUAAUAAGACAAUCACACCGAUAAUGUCAAAUGCAAUAUAUUUAGUCAACAAGACUUUCUUUUUGUGUAGAGGGUGUAAUUUUUACUGUUAUUUCAAUAAAAUUCACUGCAGUUAAAA